GUCAGCCAGCCAUUUCUGCAAAGGAACUUUCACUGUGCUCCACCACCAGUACCCUCCAUUACCCUCCAUCCCGCAGAGCAGCUGCAGCCGAGCCUGUGGGACCGCCUAGUCCCAGCUCGGCUCCCUGUCGGGGGGGCCUGCUGACCAGGCUGCAUCAAUACACCUGUCUUCGAAACAGGAAAGAUCUGAUACCUCUUCUAGGAAGAAUCAUGGCACACAACCAGCAGUUUCCAGCCAAGACCCCCAUCAUCAAAUUCAAGGAGCAGGACUUUUACUCUUUGCGGGAUCAUUGCCUAAACAGAGGGCUGCUGUUUGAGGAUGAGACGUUUCCUGCCGAGACUUAUUCCAUAGGUCUGCAGCUCCUCAAGGGAAAAGACCUCUCCAACCUAAGCUGGAUGCGGCCAAAGGAUUUAUUGAAGGGUAAAUCAGAGCCUCUCUUCAUCCUGGAAGGUGCGAGCAGAUUCGAUAUCCAACAAGGAGAGGCAGGAGACUGCUGGUUCCUGGCAGCACUGGGGUCCUUGACACAGAGUCCACAGUAUCUGCAGAAGAUCCUAAUAGACCAAAGUUUUUCAUACCAGUAUGCAGGGAUUUUCCGUUUUCGGUUCUGGCGGUGUGGCCAGUGGGUGGAAGUGGUCAUUGACGAUCGCCUACCUGUCCUGAACAACGAGUACCUCUUCGUCAAACCUCGCAACAAGCGAGAGUUUUGGCCGUGCCUGCUGGAGAAGGCCUACGCCAAGUUUCAUGGGUCCUAUGCCAACUUGCACUAUGGCUACCUCCCCGAUGCCCUGGUGGACCUCACGGGAGGGGUGGUCACCAACAUCAGCCUGCACUUGUCCUCGUCUGACCUGAUGACGAUGGUGAAGACGGCAGCAGAGGCAGGUUCUCUGAUGACCUGCGGCACCCUGGCCGGGCCCACAAGCGAGUCCAUGAGGAUGGCAAAUGGACUGGUGAGCCUGCAUGCCUACACGGUGACUGGCGCUGAGCAGAUUGAGUACAGGAGGAGAUGGGAAUAUCUUAUCCGCCUGUGGAACCCCUGGGGCAAGAUCGAAUGGAGUGGGCGCUGGAGCGACCGGUCCCCGGAGUGGCAGGAAACCCACGACCUGCGGAAAAACCAGCUGUAUGAGGAUAAGGACAAUGGCGAGUUUUGGAUGUCAUGUCAAGAUUUCCGAGAUAACUUCUUCGGCCUGUUUAUAUGUAACCAAGUUCCAAUCAGCUUGGACCAUGGAAGCACGCUCCAUGAAAGAUGGUCCCAAAUGAUGUUCAAGGACCACUUAAUUCCAGGAAACACUGAAGGAUACCAGAGGGACAUGCAAUACAUCUUCUCUGUGCCAGACAGCGUGGAAAACAACAAUGUCAUCAUGUCCUUCAACAUUGGGCCACAAAAUUUAAAAGAAAAAGACAAGACAUUUCCACUGAAGUACAAGGUGUUCAAGGUCGACUAUCAGUUCCAGCACUUCCAAGAGAGAUUGCCAUCCACCUUCUUCUCCAAAUUCAGAAUUGCUGAGAAGGGCAUUGUGUCUGAAACCACACGCAACCUCACAGAGUGCUUCAGUCUGAGCCCUGGGACCUACGUGGUGGUCGUCUCCGAGGGCAGAGAAGCUAUUGAGUUCUUGCUCCGAAUCUUCCUGAAGAUGCCAGACAGUGACAGGCACCUGGACGGCAGCCUCAACCUGAGAGCCCUGCAGGCAAGUCUUCCAGGAAAUGGCUCCCAGAAGAGUAUUUUCUACAAGUACGCUCAGCAGGGGCUGGACAUUGAUGCUACGCAGCUUCAGAGCCUUCUCAACCGGGAAUUCCUAAGUGGACCUCCAGGGGACGCGUUCUCCUUGGAUGAGUGCCGCAGCAUCGUGGCUCUGAUGGAUCUGAAGGUGAACGGGCGACUUGACCAAGAGGAGUUUUCAAGGCUGUGGAGCCGUCUUGUCCACUGCCAGAGUGUUUUCCAGAACUCCCCAAAGAAUGCUGACGUUUUCCUCAGCUCGGAUUUGUGGAAGGCCAUAAAGGACACAGACUUCCUCGCAGGGAUCUCCAUCACCAGUGAGCUGCUGGACCUCAUGAAACUCCGGUACAGCGACAGCACUGGGAGAGUCAGCUUCCCCAGCCUGGUCUGCUUACUGAUGCGGCUGGAAGCCAUGGCAAAAGCUUUCCAGAACCUCUCCAAGGAUGGAAAAGGACUCUACCUGACAGAAAUGGAGUGGAUGAACCUGGUGAUGUACAACUGAAGCCAGGAGGAGAACAGGCACCAGAGCCCAGGAGACUGAUCCAAGAAAAUACUUCUAUGACUUAUAUUCAAAGAGCAUUCUGCCUAUGUUCUCUUCUUGGAGUUUAACAUGAGGGAAUGUUCAAAUCUCAUUGUUUUACAUGUGACUAUCCAGUUUUCCCAGUGCUACCUGUUGAAGAGUCUGUCUUCUUUCCAUUGUAUAUUCUAGCCUCCUUUGUUAUCGGUUAAUUAACUAUAGUUAUGUGCAUUUAUUUCUGGACCCUCUGUUCUAUUCCGUUAUCUAUGUGUCUGUUCUCAUGCCAGUACUAUGCUGUUUUGAUUAUUGUAGCUUUGUAUUAUUGUCUAAAAUCUGGAAAGGUUAUACUUCUAGCUUUGUUCUUUUUCCUCAGCAUUGCUUUAGCAAUUUAGAGUCUUUCAUGGUUCCAUAUAAGUUUUAGGAUUAUUUGUUAUGCUUCUGUGAAAAAUGUUCUUGGUAGUUUGAUAGGAAUUGCAUUAAAUCUGUAGAUUGUUUUGGGUGGUAUGGUUAUUUUAAUAAUGUAAAUUAUUUUAAUACAAGAGCAUGGACUAUCUUUCUAUUUCUUUGAAUCAUUUUCAAUUUCCUUCAUCUCACCAACAUUUUUCAUUGUCUAUCUUUUUUGCUUUAGCCAUCCUGGAGGGUAUGAAGUGAUAUCUCAUUAAGGUUUUGACUUACAGUUUCCUGAUAGCUUGUGGUAUUCAGUAUUUUUUUGUUGUCUACUGGCCAUUUGUAUAUCUUCUUUUGAGAAAUGUCUAUUCAAAUCCUUUGUUUAAUAUUUGGUUAUUUAUCAU